AAAAAAAAUUCUUCAAAUAUUUUUACAAAAACUUUAUGAAGUCAAAUGAUUCAUCCCAACUUUAAAGUUUAAACUAGCCCGUCCGUUUACUUUUACAGUUUAACCAGUUCACUUGUACCUACAAAAUCAAGUCUUGCUGCAAGUUUAACCUUCUGAACUUGGCAGUGAUUCUUUAGUGUUACAGUCUGCAGAGUGCACCAAAUUCUAAUCUUCCCUUUGCAAUUGUGAUGCAAUCCCUUCAGGGAUUCUUGCUCAAUGUAGAUUCUAGGCUCAAUUGGGAUGUAAAAUGGAAGUUAGGAUUCAUUUGCAGUAUACAUUUUCAACUAGGAAGAUGUCUAUGUCUAUGAUGAUGACUUUUCCACAGUGUUUCAAACCCUUUAUCAAAUCCCAAUUCAAACCAAGUUUGGAAAAAUUAUCAAAGGGAAUGGAAGGGCCUCAGAGUCGUUGGAACCCACCGGUGUUAAACUCCGGUUCUGGAGCUGGAGCAGGGUUUUUUGGAAGAAAUUGGAAGCCUCAGAUGUUACACUGGAGGCUCAGCUGAUUCCAAUAUUGCUAUCUUGGUAGCCUUUGGGUAUGAAGCUCCAGAUGGAGGUUUAGCAUUUCACAGUUUCGAUAACACUUAUUGCACAUGAAGGUUUACUCUGCCGAACUUCAUUCAGGAUUGCGAUAUUUUACGUGUCAACAAUGUGCGAGUUGUACCGGAUUCAUCAACUGUCAAUUGUGAAGACGGCUUGCAGACAAAGUUGCUGACAUGGGAUUUUUUGUUGUAGUUCCAGAUUUUUACCAGGGAAUAUGUUUGGUAUGGGGAGUAUGGAUUUGGAGGACUGGUUGAAGAAACACCAACCGGUAAAUUCUCUUUUCAAUUGAUGCCCACAACUUAUCUUCAUGCUUAAAGGGUGGCAUUCCUAUGCUGAGGCCAGAUGAAUAUUCAAAGACUAUAAGGUUUUGCGAACAUUUCCCUAUUCUAAUCCUCAAACUAAUACAUUGACUUCUCUCUAACCUGGGAAUGUUAAUUUCAAUUACUUGCUGUUUUUUCAUAUCCAUAGCUUAAUUAUUUUACUUUCAUCAGCCUUUCUUCAUUUUUUUCUCUAGAAACACUUAUCUACAUAUAAAUUGCAGUGGGAAAUGCUAAGGUGUUUUUGCAGAAAUGUGCGGGACUCCUUGUCACUAAUACUGAGAUUGAUCCAUGGUUUGCUGGAUUACUUAUAAAUAUUAUAGUUAAUCUUGGAUCCCUUGUUUCCUUAUCAGACUGCGACAGAGUUUUUUCUAUCUUUCACGGCCUCUGGUUCCUGAAUGUUAAUAUUAGUUUACUUUCUUGUUGUUUGCGGUUAAAAUUAGGAGCUGAGAUAGACUAUGGAUGCCCACCAGAAGUAGCGGAUGGUAAGCAUUGAAUGGUUAGCCUGACAUAAGAAAUAACAAACCUCUGAACAUUAGAAUUUCUAGAGUCAGAUGCAUUGUUGUUAGUCUCAGUUCUCUGUGAUCAAAAUCUUAAUAACCUAUUUAAACUCAAUGGAUUUGUUUUGAUUUCUCAACCCACCUGAUGUUUUUUACAUUGGUUUCCCUUCCAUAAGAUGAAGGAUCGUCGUAAUUGAUAUAGCUGACUUCUCCAUCUACACUUCUCGGUGAGCAUUGUUUUUAUUGUUUUGCGUAGCCAACAAAAGGACUAACUACAUGGAAAAUUUCUUGCAGGUGGAUAGUUUUGUGAAAAUAGUUCCUGGUGUUGCUCAGGGAUGGACUUUGAGAUUCAAGGUUGAAGAUGCAAAAGAGAUCAAGCUUUCUCAAGAGGUACACCAGGAUCUGAUGAAUUGGUUUGCUAAUUACCUCGGGUAAGUGCCAUGUUUAUGAUUUUAUGGGGAAUAGGAUAUGUAUUUGGAGUAACGAAGUGGAUGAAUAAAUAAGACUACUCUUUGGUUAUAAUUUGUUGUAUCAAGAAUUGUACGUGAGAAAAAUCUUAUGCAGCCUGCAUCAACUUUACCAUGUUGUAUCACUAUGGUUUAUCAUUUCGAAAUUUCUACUCUGAACCUGAUGAAGUUUCCUUUUCUGGGAUCUUUCUUUAUAUUUGUCUACUUCUGUAUUCCUUCUAGCGCUUUUGUCACAAAGUGAUCUUUGUAACAUAAUCAAGUCCAAAACUAGAUAUUAAAUGUUUGUAAAAGGAGCCUUCGUAAACUAGGUAGUAGGUAGUCUUCAACUGGAACAGGGAUUAAUGAAUUAUCAAACAGUGAUGACCAUUAUAUAUAUCUAAUGACAAUCAAUUGGUUUCCAGGACAAAUACUAUUAGAUUCCUAACCCCCCAAAGUUUUUAACUGGGAUCAAUUGUAAGAACAGUAAUAAAAUUAGUUAACACUCUUCGCCACCCAAAAAAAUAUGAUUAGACUAGCAAAAGAAAGUUCACAAAUUUAUAGUUCGUUAGUCCUCUCAAGAAAAGUUUGUUGGAUAUUUUCAAGUGGUUAAUGAUUAGAUUUCUAAUUUUCCCAGACCCUUAUGAAGGGCUUGUUAAACAGCCUCUUACAUCUUGUAAUUUCCAUUUCAUUCUUUAUUUCUGGAAUAAUUUUUUAACAUAGUCAACACAACUUUUACUUUUCUCAAAUAAUAAAAAACGCAUUAUAAACAAAAUAAAAUGACUGUUCAUACGAAAUCAAGAUAUUAAGUGACUAUUAAGGUAAGAAUGACAACUAAUCCAUGUUGUAAUCAGUGAUUAACAUCUUGUAAGGUUGGCUAAAGGGGGUAAUUAGCAAGGAUUUUCAAUCCUUUAUUGAGUAUGUUUCUAAUCAUAGCUCUGAUUAUUCAUGAAGAAGCCAUGUGAAGCACAUGCAAACUAAUUGAAAAUGCAUCAACGUGCCAAAUGUUUAUGAGUAUGGCGCAAACUUUGGACCGGAGGAACCAUGCCAUAUAAAUACCCAAAGAAUUUAUGGAGAUACUCCCACAAACUUUCAUGCUAGUCAGCUCCUCAUCUGGUUCAUUAUUUCUUUCACAAAAGUUUGGACAUACUCCCACUGCAUUUUUUUGCUAGGCUGCCAUGGGUGAAGCAGUGAUCAAUAAGGAGAAAGACAUAGACGAUCUUCCCAAGAAUCAGGCCAACUACACUUCUCUCACCCCACUCGGUUUCUUGGAGAGAGCAGCUCUGGUUCAUCCCAAUCGGACAUCACUCAUCCAUGCAUCGGAUUCCUACACGUGGCUUCAGACUUAUACCCGAUGCCGGCGGCUUGCCUCCGCCCUAACUAACCACUCCAUUACCUUUGGCUGCACGGUAUUUAAAUUCGGUACUCAAACUUUUGGAUUUCUGUUUUUAUUUUUUUUUAGAUUUUAAUUUAUUGAAUUAUUGAUGAGGAAAGCAUCAACCAUAGCCGAAAGGGUUUAAUUUUUUUUGAUGAACGGGAAUCAUGCCUUUUUUGAGUUGGUUUGGUGGUUUUUAGUGAUUACAAUGAUGCUUAUAUUUCUGGGGAUUGGAUUUUUACUUGUAAAAUUUAUACUGACUUGGUUUGAAUUUUAUCCGCCUCAACCUUGUGCAAAAUGACUGAAUUUAUGUGGUUUAAAAGGUUAAUUAUGAUUGCCCUGAAAUCACUGAGUGGCACAAAAUUUGCUUGGUCAAGCUGUGAAUAACUUUUCAAUAUUAAGGUAUCUAAUUAAAGAAUUAGCAUUUGAGAGUCAGAUGCUGCCUCUUUUUAUUGAUGAGAAGGUUGCAUGAUUAAUGCAGUAAUCAGCUUUGCCAUUAGGAUAUUGCUUGUCUGACAAGAUCUUUUAUGUCCAAAAUAUCUUAGCAAAAGAGCAAUCUUUGUUUAAUCGAGCUUAGUUUCGGUAUGUACUGGGCUAUGUUGCUGUUGCUCGUGUUGAUGAUGAACUUUAGGUAGACACUUGAAUCUGUUUGGCAAUGGCAGGUUGCAGUAAUUGCACCUAAUAUACCUGCGAUGUUUGAGGCCCAUUAUGGUGUUCCAAUGGCUGGAGCAGUUUUGAAUGCUGUCAAUUUUCGUCUAAAUGCACAAACAAUCGCAUUUCUCUUGGGUCACUCAGAAGCCAAUGCCAUAAUGGUGGAUCAAGAAUUUUUUUCCCUAGCAGAGGAAGCAUUAAAGAUUUGGGCUGACAAUAGCAAAGGCAAUUUCAAAGCUCCCCUUUUGAUUGUUAUAGCCGAUAAAUCCUGUGAUUCGAAGUCUCUCCAAUAUGCCCUUUCGAAAGGUGCUAUAGAAUAUGAUAAAUUUUUGGAAACUGGUAACCCGAAUUUUGCCUGGAAACGGCCCCAAGACGAGUGGCAAAGCAUUGCCCUCGGUUACACUUCCGGCACGACUGCAAGUCCUAAGGGGGUCGUCCUACACCAUCGAGGGGCAUAUCUAAUGGCUCUUAAUAGUCCUAUUGUUUGGGGGAUGGGAGAAGGUGCAGUUUACCUAUGGACCCUACCGAUGUUCCAUUGCAACGGGUGGUGUUUCACUUGGUCAAUAGCUGCUAUUUGCGGGACUAGCAUAUGCCUUAGAAAGGUUACUGCAAAGGCUGUCUAUUCAGCCAUUGCCAAUCUCGGUGUUACCCAUUUCUGUGCCGCACCAGUGGUUCUAAAUACCAUUGUGAAUGCUCCAAAAGAAGACACCAUUCUUCCGCUCCCUCGCGUAGUUCACGUCAUGACAGCCGGUGCUGCUCCGCCCCCGUCUGUUCUUGCUGCAAUGUCUCAACGGGGCUUUCGUGUUACACACACUUAUGGCCUUUCUGAAACUUACGGCCCUUCCACCAUUUGUGUAUGGAAACCCGAAUGGGAUUUACUCCCAUCUGAAACCCAAGCUCGCCUGAAUGCCCGACAAGGUGUGCCUUAUGUGGGUUUGGAAAGCCUGGAUGUUGUAGACACGCAACACAAUAAACCUGUCCCUGCCGACGGAACUACUGUUGGAGAAAUCGUCUUCCGGGGAAAUGUUGUGAUGAAAGGUUACUUGAGAAAUCCUAAAGCCAAUGCAGAAGCCUUUGCGAACGGAUACUUCCACUCGGGCGAUCUGGCGGUCAAACAUUCUGAUGGUUAUAUAGAAAUCAAGGAUAGGUCUAAGGAUAUCAUCAUAUCAGGGGGUGAAAACAUAAGCAGUGUCGAAGUGGAGAACAUACUCUACCAUCAUCCUGCGAUCUUGGAAGUCUCGGUGGUGGCGAGGCCAGAUGAACAUUGGGGAGAAUCCCCUUGUGCAUUUGUCACAUUAAAGUCAGGCUACACUGCUGACAAUCCCGACCAGCGCCGGCAACUGGCAGAAGAUAUCAUGAAGUUCAGCCGGUCGAAGAUGCCGGCAUAUUGGGUACCCAAAUCUGUGGUGUUUGGACCAUUGCCUAAGACAGCAACUGGGAAAAUACAGAAGCAUUUGUUAAGGGAUAAAGCAAAGGAAAUGUGUGAGUACCAAGCUUAUGACACCCUGAAGUAGUACCCAAUUUAAUUUGUAUUUAUAUUAUAAUUGCUUUUUUGACAUAUAAAUUAAGGGCUAAAUAGUUAUUCUGGACAUAGGAUACGAAUAUAAUAGAUGCAUAUAUAAAUGAUAAGGCAGAAUUUAAGGAUAAUUCAGGUUCAUGAAUACUAAAAUGGAAUGUGUGAGACUUAAUCAUGGUGCAUGAACCAGAGUAGUCUUAUUUUGCCUAUAUAUACAUAUUGGCUUUUUAUGUCGAAGGACACACCCCAAUUUCUAGUAAGCUAAGAGUAUCAGAUCAUUUGCCCAAAAGUGACUAGCCUUUUGUAAAUUUUCUGACUUCCUUUUGUUGGAAACCCAUGGAAGAAUUCUUUUACCAGGGAAUGCAGUUUGACAAUAUGUUUAUGUAAAGACUGAGUUACUACUGGUCCAUUGUUUUCUGACUUUUUAUGGCUAAAUGAUUCAUUCAUACAAGAAAAUCCCUUUUUAUAACAUGCAGCUUGCAACCUCUUUCGUAUCAAAGAUUUUUAUUUCAAAACAGAGAUUUUUGUGGAUUUCAGAAAUUUCUUCUCCAAACAAACAGAUACUUCUCUCUUCCUAAUUCCAAUGAUCUUCCUAUUUUCUUUGAAAGAACUUAUUCUUGAAUGAAAUCAAAUAUUAAAUGAGACUGGCCUUCGAAAGACAUGUUAAUAGUUUUCUUUGAUGACUUGAUCGGAAGGAUGUGUUAAUAGAGUGAGUGGAUUCUAAAUUGCUUGCCUGAAAGGAUGGGUAAUUAUGGACUGUAGUCUUGAUGACUUGUCUUUUUAGGUUAAUAUUGAGUGAGUGUAUUCAUGAUGACAUGCCUGAAGGGAUGGAUUAAUAUUGAGUAAGUGUAUUCUUGACAACUUGCCCGAAAUGAUGGUUUCAAUUUUCAGUGAGCGUAUCGUUGAUGACUUGUCCAAAAGGAUGGGUUAAUAUUGAGUGAUUGUAUUCUUGAUGACUUGUCCUGAAGGACGGGUUAAUAUUUAGUGAGCGUGUUCUUGUUGACAUUUCCAUCUGGGCAGGUUAACAGUGAUUGAUUAUGACCAUGACGACUCUUUCAGAUCACUAAAUAGAAAACAGAUUUCGUAUUGAUCCAUGGCAGCUUUGGUCUUGCUUCUGUUAUUACAUUAUCCUACUCUUAUCCUCAUUUUAAGUUGAUUCAUAAGUCUCUAUCCAUGCAAAGUAGUUCUCUCGAAACAAACCGAGCUUGAACACUCAUGUCUUGUUGAUCUUGUGAUAUGUCAGAUGAAGAAGUACAGGAUUUAGCUCUCAGUCUUGCAGCCAUGGGAGGGAGAAAAGCUUAUUGAAACAGAAGUUUAGCUUAGUAUGAUGUGCAAAUAAGUGACAUGUUGUCAAGUUUGAUGUAGUUCAGUAAAUUUCGUUGUCUUUAGAAUUUCCAUGGAGGAUGUAUUCCUGAAAGGAUAUUAUGUCAAAAGUUACAUUAAUAUAUUCAAGUUAAUUCUUAAGGGAUUUGAGAUGUUACAAAGCCAGUAGAUUAACUGUCAAUUGUGAAGAAAGGUUGCAAAAAAACCUCCAGAAUCUUACCAGAGAUUAUGCGGUCUAGAGAG